AUGCCGCUGAACGCCUUGAGAAAAAAUGCUGCAGAGAUAUUAGAGAAUUUAAUGCCUCAGGUAUUCGCCUGUAUUGAAGACCGUAAUGCGGAAGCUCGUAAACAAGCCCAAUCAGUUCUUCCUUCUCUAAUUCAAGUUUUCGGCUGGGAACCGAUAUCCAAAUGUGCCAAAAGUUUAAAAUCUACAUCAAAAGAUACAGUCAUGUCACAUUUGGAGAAAGCCCGCGAAAGUGUAGCUGCUUCACAUCCUUCUUCUGUAGCGGAGAAAAAGCCAACCUCUUCACCCAAAGCUGUACGUGGUGGUGGCAGUGCUGCUAGUGCACGUCCACAGUCGUCAAAUUCAUCAGCAGUUACUGCAACAGAUAAUGGUGAAGAGUCUGAAAGUACUACACAAUCUUCAAACACAACUUCCAAAUCUGGUUCAGAGGCGAAGAAAAAGACUGACAGUAAAAAACCUACCAGUGCUACGAAAAAGGCUAUUGUUGAACAGCCAAUUGCAUCUGUCAUUCUACCAUCAAAUAAGACAGCUAGAGCAGCCAGAUUAGCUGACGAGAAAAAGCGCAAGCUUCUGAAAUGGGAUUUCGAUUCUCCUACGAAAGAUCAUGUACAACAGUUGAAUACAUUAUUCAGUGCAGCAGGUGCUUCCCCUGAAUUCCAUGCUCUUUUGUUCCAUACAGAUUUUCGACAACAUAUUAAAGCAAUUGACCAGCUUUCUCAACUAUUAGAUACACCUGAAGGUGCAGAAGCAACUUUGGUAAAUGUCGAUAUCAUCCUGAGAUGGAUUGUUCUUCGAUUCUUUGAAACUAAUCCCGUUGUUUUGGGAAGAUGUAUGGAUUAUUUAACAAAGUUAUUUGUUCAGAUGUCAGAAUCUGGAGCAAAUCUUUCUGAACAUGAAGGCGGUUCAUUUCUACCUUAUUUGGUAAUGAAAGUCGGUGAUCCAAAAGAUAUGAUUCGUCAAAGUAUUCGUGGAAUAAUGAAACUUGUAGUUAAUCUCUAUCCCCCUAGUCGUCUGUUCACCUAUCUAACAAAUGGUAUCAAAGCAAAGACAAACAAAACAAGGCAGGAAUGUUUGGAUGAAAUGGGUUCACUGAUCGACCGAUUUGGACUGAAUGUUUGUCAGCCGUCUGUCCCUGUAGCAAUCAAACUUAUUGCUCAACAAAUAGGCGAUCGUGAUAGUGGAGUUCGAUCAGCUGCUUUAAAUUCCCUACUAUCUGCUUACGCUAUCGUUGGUGAACAGUUAUGGAAAAUAAUCGGUGACAUCCCUGAGAAAGAACGUUCAAUGUUAGAGGAACGUAUUAAGCGCUCUGGUCAUGUACCAGCUCCGGAAAAUUUUGAACCGAAAGCUGUUGCAAGACCAAGUACUGCAAGACGUGAACCAUCUGAUUCUCGUCGCCCUGCAGAACCUGUUCCUCAAGAAUACCACCGUCAGCAGCCUGUUUCUGCAGCGCAUGCUAAAGCUCGUGCUAUGCUGAAUGAAUUAGGUGACUUAUCGCCUGAAAAAGCCCCAACCAUGCCUCCACUAAUUCAGUUAGAUGCUGAUAUUAAUGAUCUCUUCCAACCUGUUGAAAUGCCUGCUCUUAAAAAUCAUGCUCGUCAAACAAUCUUAAACGCAUUGCUACGGACAAGCCCUGAUACCGCCUCAGCUAUCACAAUGGUUGUAACAGCUAUAUCUUCAAACGAUUUACUUGUCAGUUGUCAUGCUCUGGCAGAAAUUGAUACUGUUCUAAGGGAUGAGAAGUGGUACCUCCUACUAAACCAUGUCAAUCAAAUUCUAAUGCUCAUUACAAUGCAGUUACGACAGGUUACUUCGAGAUAUUUUGGAGAUCCUUCAGUUACGGAAGAUCAGUUGUGCAAAUUAAUGCAAUCCCACCUUUCCGCUCUUGAAUCUCUUUUCAAUCGUCCAACAUUGGGUCGUGAAGCUUCACGUGAAACAAUAAGAGAAUUAAUUCAGUCAUUGCUUCACAUGAUGCUAGAUGAAAGAACCGCGGAAAUGCCUGUUGGAAAUAACGUCAUCAGGUCGAUCAAUGCACUUUUCGUUCGUAUAUUGGAAACUGCCAAUGGAACACGCAUUCUAAGCGCUCUCAUCAGGUUACUGCAUGAGUGUGUCAGUAAUGGACAUUUCACAAAUAGAUUUACUCAAGCUAUCUUGAAGAGUAUUUGGCGUGUUACUAAAGGAAUGAAUACUGCAUUUAAUAACUAUGCUGUGGAUGUUAUACUCUUGGAUUGUCAUCAUUUUUUGAAGGCAUUCCCACCUUCAUUCUGGGGUUCACAAAAAUCAGAUGUUCCUUUGCGAACUAUAAAGACAUUAUUACAUGUCUUAUGUCGUUUACAAGGUCCGUCAAUCUUAAAGUUCUUAGAAGAUAUACCUAAUAAGGAGGAUUCGGAUUUGGAGGCUUACUUAAUUCGAACGUUAAAAAAUACCUCAGGGAUUCAAACUACACCCUCCAAUGUAAACAAGUCACAGAAUUCUGAUGAAAACGCUCCUAAAGCAUUUGUACUUUCUGUUGGUACUCGUGAAAAAUUAACUGAAAUAUUUAAUAAGAUUGGAUCAAAGAAAGCUGAUGAAGGAUUGAAUGAAUUAUAUGAUUUUACUCAGCGGUACCCAGACAUAGAUUUAUCUUCAUAUCUGACAAACACAAGCCAGUUUUAUCAAGCGUAUAUAAAACAAGCUUUAAGAAAUAUAGCUGUUGAACGUACACGUCAAGCACGAACAGCAUCGGAAGACAAAGAAGCCAAUAAAUUGGCACCUCAUCAGCCAAAUGGCAUUUCAGUACGUCCUAACUGGAAUGAAGAUUUAGGCACAGAUAUAACUGAUGGACAGCCUACUAAUCCUAAAGUUUUUAUGAAUCGACUUGCAAUGUUGCGAAGAGAACUAGGUCUUGGUGGCAUAUCAACAACAAACGUUGAUGACAAUAUUGGUGCAGUCGAUGAAACAGGAAUACAAGGCACAGUAUUAGAGACAACACUCAGGAAUAUGAUUAAACCAAAAGGUGAUCAAAACUCUGAUUCUCCAGACGAAAAUAUUCAACCAGCACCUGAUCACAGGAUAACUAUGUCUGCAACUGAACUAAUGGAUCUUAAACGUCGUUUGGAUCGAAUCAAAAGUGCCCAGAAACAUUAAUCAUUGUUUCAAUUGACAUGCAGUCUUCCAUAACAUGCCAACUUUCACUAAUUAGGUGUUCUUUGACUUGAACUUAUGUUUAUGUAAAUAUUUCUCAGACAUUGUUUACAAGAUUUUACAGUGUACGUAUGUACCGCAAAAAUUUAC